AUAAGAGCGUCCAGGACUCGUCUCUUUCUCCAGGACUCACACUCGGAAAACGCGGUUACGCACGGCGGACACUUGGCGUCUGGCGGCAGCAUCCACGGGCUUGUGGUAGCUUCGGCAAACUCGCUCGCGGGCUGAACCAUGUCCUUGAGCCCCAAACACUCAACGCCUUUCUCAGUGAGCGAUAUUUUGAGCCCGAUCGAGGAGACCUUCAAGAAGUUUGCAGCCAUGGAGAGCAGCGCGAGCCUGGCGUCUCCUCUGUACAGACAGACUCAGGUGUCUCAGGCGAACCUGCAGCAGCACAGCAUGAGCCAUAACACUUACCACAUGCCGCACUCGCAGUUCUCGCACAGCGCCAUGGGAGGAUACUGCAACGGGACUAUCGGCACCAUGGGAGACCUGCCGUCCUAUCAGGAGAGCAUGAGGAACGGCGCGACGGCCACGGCUUGGUACGGCUCGAACCCGGAGCCCAGAUACCCAACAAUCUCCAGGUUUAUGGGUCCCUCGGCGGGCAUGAACAUGGGAACAUUACCGGGCAUGGAUGCAAGUAAAUCUAUGGUGACUUUACACGCGGCGCCGCGGAGGAAACGGCGCGUGCUCUUCUCUCAGGCGCAGGUGUACGAGCUGGAGCGCCGCUUCAAGCAGCAGAAGUAUCUGUCUGCGCCGGAGAGGGAACAUUUGGCCAGCAUGAUUCACCUGACCCCGACACAGGUCAAGAUCUGGUUCCAGAAUCACCGGUAUAAAAUGAAACGCCAGGCGAAGGAUAAAGCGUCGCAGCCGCAGGACAGCGGAAGCCUGUGUGCGCAGCAGUCGCCGCGGCGCGUUGCAGUGCCGGUGCUGGUUAAAGACGGUAAACCGUGUCAGAACGGCUCCAGCACGCCGACGGCGGUCCAUCAGCAGGUGCAGAGCGUGCUGGGCAGCGAGACUUUAGCUUCGGCCGAGGAUCUGGAGGAGAUGUCGCCCAGUCCUCCUCUGAUGAACAGCCUCUCUCAGACUGACGCCGCGCUCAUCGAGUACACGAGCGGCAUGGUGAGCUCCAACCUGCUGUACGGCAGAACGUGGUGAUAUUUCCGCCGGCGAGCAUUUUUACCAACACAGAUGAUGAUAACGACAAUUGCAUUUCCUCAAAGACCUUUUUUAAACCGCAUUCGUCUGAUGCAGCGGUCUGCGGACCCUCACGUGAAUAGUAUGGAUUGUAACUUUAAAGCGUUAUUGAAUGAAAAGCUUUGGU